AUGCGAUGGUUCUUCCUUCGUCUUAGAUUAUUGGGUCUCAAUUUUAAAGCUAGGUACGUUCUUUUAACGUGAGGUACAGGCGUAGUUGGUGUCAGUUCAAAGAACUGGGCUUGGGGGGGGGGGGGUGGUCCUUUGUUUCCGCAUUCUGAAGGGUAGUUCUUAGUAUGGAUUCGAGGGAAAAAGAUCACUUUGAAGUGGAUAUUGAAGGCGGGGUUAAGUGGAAUAGCAAUAUGGUGAAAUCUGGGGUAGGCAAUGUCGACGAUGAUGAUGUAGAAUUGGUGGUGAUAGAAAGGAGGUUGGGAGGGGAUGAUACGGGAGACCGAGAGGCUGAUGUUGAGAAGAUUUCUGUGGUUGGAGAGAUGCAUAAGAAGAAUGCUAGAAAGCCUCCCAAGCCGCCAAGACCUCCUAAAGGGCCAUCAAUAUUGGAUGCUGCUGAUAGGAAGUUGGUUAGGGAGCUGGCCGAGCUUGCCAUGAGAAAGCGUGCAAGGGUUGAACGAAUAAAGGCACUGAAGAAGAUUAAGGUAGCUAAGGCAUCACCUUUAAACAACAGCGGCCUUUCUGCCAUGGUCAUCACACUUAUCUUCUUCCUCAUUAUAACUUUUCAAGGAUUAAGGUCCAGAAGCAGUGCAAGUGUGAGGUUACAUGGGUCUCCUGAGCCAGCAUUGGCCGCGAGCGAGGGGAUGAUAUCGAUUCAGUAUCACAAGGAUAUUUUUGUGUAUAAACGCAAUGGACCUGGUUCUAUCUCCCUUAGCUUUGCAGAAGAACAAGAUUCUAGUUCAGGUCCAGGGAAUGAAGUGGGUGAAAUUGCUAGAUGAUUCGAAGUCAUUGAAGUUGUGACUAUGAGUGCUCUCACAUGCAGGGCAUCAUGGCUGCUCAUUUACACUUGACAUUUCCUUCCUUUCAAGAUUAGCAGGUUCUAAUAGGUAGCAAAAGUCAGCCUGAAAUUAGAGAUAUUAAUGCUUAGGUUGUCAUUAAUCUAAUUUAGGUGGUUGAGACAAAUAUUUCUCCACACUUGUUUGUAUAAAAGCUGUCGAAAACAGAGUAAUGAUUCUUAACGGUCA